AUUAUAUUUGACUCUAUGCGUGAUUUUAACCGUAACUUUUGAUAGUGUUGUUACCCGUUUGUUGUUUAAACAAAAGCUCAUUGUUAAAAACAUUUAAAAAUAUGGAAAAGAUGACAACUGAUAGGCCUAUUAAAGAAGAGAAGAGUAGUGAUAAUGAGGGAAAUACAAAUACAAAAGAUCAUGAUAAUGUCUCUAAAAUGUUUGGCUCAUUAUUGGAAUAUGUUGAAGCAACAGGGAAGGAUAUAAUACGGAUGGCCUCGGGAAACAAUAGUGUGUGCUCAUUCCAAAAUUCUGCCCCUGAAAUGAACGAUCAACAAGAAAUAUGUACUCGGAGGCACAGGUCAACAGAAAUACAGCCAACUCUGAAAAAAAAUUCAAAAGAAGUUUCCAGAGGAUGGAGAAAAAAAGGCCUCUGUCAACGAAGACUGCUGAAUACCAUAGCCUUGAAGGCAGCGAAUGAAGACUUGAUGGUGAAGCAGGAGCCCAGUGAGAUAGUUUUCCCUCUAAUCAAGGAGGAGUCGGUGAAUGAACUGCCGGCAGAUGGAGACGUCUGUGUGAAGCAGGAGCCGAGCGAACUGGGUUUCCCGCCAAUCAAGAAGGAGGAGUUGGAUGAACCAUGUGAAGACAGCUGGCAGCAGGAACCUGGCAGUUCCUCUGCCAGCCAGGAUUAUACUCUGUGCAAGCAACAAGUGAAGGAGGAGAUAACUAUAGAAGAGCACCCUAUAGCUGCAGCCACAGCAGCUGUAUGGAAUGAACCACACAGCUGUGUGGGUUACCAUGGCAACACUUCAUCGGGAUGCAUGGGACACAGAUCCCAAGACUCACCAGACACCUGCAUCAUAAUGAAGUCAGAAGUGACUAACAUUGACCAAAUGAAAUUAUCAAACCACACAAACUGUCACCCUGGAUCCAAGGAAAAUGAUUGUGUUAGCAAUUGUAUACCGAUACAGCAGCGCACUAAUACACACACAGGCCAAAAACGUUUCUGGUGUCAAUUAUGUUCUGCUAAGUUUAGCAAGUCUUCUCAUCUCAAGCGGCACUCUCUUUCACACACUGGAGAAAAACCUUUCUCUUGUACCGUAUGUACUGCUAAGUUUAGCCGGGCUUCUGACUUGAAGCAGCACUCUCUUACACACACUGUAGAUAAACCUUUCUCUUGUACUGUAUGUACUAAUAAGUUUACCCAGGCUAGUAAUCUGAAGACGCACUCUCUUACACACACUGGAGAAAAACCUUUCUCAUGUACUGUAUGUACUGCUAGGUUUAGCCUGGCUGGUAACCUGAAGCAGCACUCUCUUACACACACUGGAAAAAAACCUUUAUCUUGUACUGUAUGUUCUGCUAAGUUUCGCCAUGCUAUUUCUCUUAAGCAGCACUCUCUUACACACAUUGGAGAAAAACCUUUCCUUUGUACUGUAUGUUCUGCUAAGUUUAGCACAUCAUCUCAUCUCAAGCGGCACUCUCGUACACACACUGGGGAAAAACCGUUCUCUUGUACUGUAUGUACUGCUAAGUUUAGCCGGGCUUCUAACUUGAAGCAGCACUGUCUUACACACACUAGAGAAAAACCUUUCUCAUGUACCGUAUGUACUGCUAGGUUUAGCCAGGCUGGUAACCUGAAGCAGCACUCUCUUACACACACUGGAGAAAAACCUUUCUCUUGUACUGUAUGUUCUGCUAAGUUUAGCACAUCAUCUCAUCUCAAGCGGCACUCUCGUACACACACUGGGGAAAAACCGUUCUCUUGUACUGUAUGUACUGCUAAGUUUAGCCGGGCUUCUAACUUGAAGCAGCACUGUCUUACACACACUAGAGAAAAACCUUUCUCAUGUACCGUAUGUACUGCUAGGUUUAGCCAGGCUGGUAACCUGAAGCAGCACUCUCUUACACACACUGGAGAAAAACCUUUCACAUGUACCGUAUGCACUGCUAAGUUUCGCCAUGCUAUUUCUCUUAAGCAGCACUCUCUUACACACACUGGAGAUAAACCUUUCCUUUGUACUGUAUGUUCUGCUAAGUUUAGCAAAGCCAGUUCUUUGAAGCGGCACUCUCUUACACACAAAUGAGAAAUCAAUUUCUCGUGUUGAGUAUUUCUGCUAAAUUUAUCCAACAUUUUGGUCUGCAGAGACAUGUUCCUACAUUCAUUGGAAAAAAAACAUUAAAUAAUAUUAUAUUUUUUAAAACUUUUUUAUAAUCUCAUGUUAUACAUGCGCUUUCUAUGUUAUACAUUUACAGUGAAAUCUCUUUGAUACAAAUCUGAGGGUUCAGAAAAUUAACCACUUUGUAAUAAUGAAGUUUAAAUAACCAUACUUUUCCACUUUGCACUUACAAUAUUGUUCUGUUUGUCAAGAGAAAAUUAAAAUAUGUGCAUUUGUUUAGUACAGUGUACUACAAUCCGCAUAAGAACAUUCUCCUAAUUAAUAACAUGAUUGGCAUACAUAAUAGUUAAUACAAAAUUAUUACGGGUUUAGUAUUUUGCUACAAUUUAUACACUAGUACCUAAUAGUUUACUGAGAAUAUUUAGGUAAAAAAAAAACUAUUUGGUUUGCUUUUAAUUUUUAAUAAACACUUCGAACAAUGCUAGACAUGCUUUGAUUGUUUCACUGACAGUAUUGCUGGAAAGUAUAAAUUGAGGGAAAACUCCUAAACUGAUCUAAUACAUAAGUACGUCAUGUCCGGUACGUAUUCUUUCUUUAACAUAUACUUUCGCUUUACAUAAAUUCAGAUGGUAUGCCCAAAAUGUGUUGACGAAAAAAACUACAAAAAGUUAAAAAAAAAUUUUCUUGAUUAAUUUAUUUUAUUUGUUUUGCAGUAGUCUUGUGAAUCAGAUCCAAACUAGUCCGGGCAUCCGGUUAAUCUGGACAGAUUUAUAAAUAAAUAAUAAAACAUGAUAUGUAAUAGAUGUUGUGGCACUGGAAAAGAAGACAAUACAAUUCUAAGAUAAGAAAGGGUUCGCCUGCCCUCAGUUGCCGGAAUUCUUGCCACCAGUUUUCCCUUUUCCGCUCAUCGCCUGUAUUCAGGGGAGUGACCCACUCUAUACCUGCGAGUUGUUUUGUUUUGUUCCCUUCAGUCAAUGUUUAUUCAAGCUGGUGAAGGUGCUUGUGACAGUUAUUUUUAUUGAGUGCAUGUGUCUUAUUUUGCGCACUUAUUAAGAGUAACGUAAUGGCUACUAAACAUAAGAAAGUGACUGUAACAAUGGAGCAAAAACACCAAGCCUUAUUUUGUAUUGAUGCAGGUAAAUCUUUAACUAGAAUCGCGCAAGAUUUGGGAGUGGGAAAACAAACUGUUUCUGAUUGGGAAUAAAUCGGAAGGAAUUGAAGAUUUUUGUGCAAAAAUGAUGAACAAGGACUGUCUGGGUAACAGGGCACUUUACAGUAAGUCGAUUUGGGAUGACACCAUAGCUACAGCAUUUGCAAAGGAAAGUCAAGUUAUUGGAACCCUGAGAUUAGACGGUCAUAAUUUUUUUCCAGUGUCCAAUAUCAGUCUGAUUGUGCCUGAUGAAGGGAAGGGAUAUCGGUUCCCGAAACGUCACAACUGUUCUCAUUGGAAAUCUUCUGCGUUAGUCAUUGCUAUCGCCGUUGUUUUGUCCAAAGAACUUAUUGACCUUUAUCGCUGUGGUUAUAUGUUUGCUGCAUUGUCCGGGUUUGUUUUCCGCUUUCAUUUAAUCUGUCCUGUCGUUAGCCCACUGUGUUUGUGUGUGAGUGUGUUGUUUUAUUAAUUUUUCCAUGACUAAGUUCCUUCAACGGAAUUCUUGUGCUGUAUGAUAGUUAUAUGUUAAACAUUUUAUGUCCGUGUUGUUGUCUUUGUGUAGCCAUAUGCUUGUUGGUGUCAUCGUUGACUCCGUUUAUCCCACACAAGUUGAUUUGGUUGUGUUUUCUGUGAAUUUUUAUCCUAAUAUUUUUUAUAUAUUUUUUGAUUUUCAGAAUUUUUCCUGUGACAAACAGUGAAAAACUGCAUUGGUGUAUGUCCUAAAAGCUUCAUUAAAUUAUAGACAGUCAUUGUAGUGUCAGUUUCUUAGGUAUUUUACAACUUGAGAGGGGUUUUUACUAUAACUAUUUUAGUUUACCUAAUAUUUUCCUGGGUAGUUUCACUUUCAUAAAGUUUCAUUUGAAACACCAAUAUGUGUGUCCCCUGAUGUUUACUAAAGUGUAUCUAUAUGGGUAAAUGUUGCUACAAGUGGGGCCACCAUCUUUGUGUCACAUUUCCGUUUAUCGACUUCCGUUCCAUUUUCAUGAAAUUACUUCUACCAAGUGCAAUAUACCGACAGCAAAGAUGUUUACUCUUAAAAGAAAGAUCAUUCAUCUAGCAAUAUUUGAACUGAUAUUUAGAGUGAAAUAUAAAAACUAGCCGCUACGGUUGAGCAACCAAAGCUAUGUUGUAGUCGGGUACUUUGUGCUCUUUUUUGUCAAAUGAUAGUAACUCCUGUGGAUAUGCAUUUAUUGGAUUUGUUUAUUUAAAAUUGUGCAUUUUACUCCGCAUGAUGGGUCAGCAUGUGCAUAUUGGUUGAAGGGUUACAGUUCUACAGUUCAUGUGCGCAUCAAGAACCUACGUGGCUUUUUAAUAUUGUUUAUGGCUUGAGUUCAAAAUAUUUUUCAGUCUCCUUCGAUAUUCGCAUCCAAUCUAAGUGAUUUUCAGAGUAAAUUGUCAUGUAGUGCAAUAUUUUGAAUCAUCGCUAAACACAGAGUUUUAUCACCUUGCGUAUAUUGUUCAAAGGAUUUUUUGUUUUAACAAGUAUUGAUUUGAUUAUAAUGGUACAACAUUCGUACCAUUGAUGUAUAAUUCAUCUAGGUCAGUGCACGUACAAAAUUACAGAAAUAUGCGUGAAAUUGGUUUAUAAUUGCAUGUACUAUGAUGCCAUUAAAGUGAAGGCAAAGUUGACAUUUCCUAGUUUGGUUUUAUACUAUUUUUGAUUUUUAAAUUUAAUCAUCAAUAUUUUAUUUAAAAUUUUUUUGUGAAAAGUUAAAUCUUUAGUUAUGUUUUAUGAUAUUUUUCCUAAAUUUGUCAUAAUGGAACUUGUAAUAAAAUUAAAAUAUUUAUUAUUUUUUAGUUGAAUUUGGUACAGAAAAACUUACCCACUGUUUGUAUUUAUAA